CUCGUGCAGACCCUUCAGUGUCAGCCCCUGAUUCCACGCUAGCCUCAUCCUGAUUCCAACACUUAGCCCUGGUUACCAGUUCCUGGGCCCUGCCUGGCACUACUGUAACCUUCCUCAUGCCCUCAGUACCAGCCCCUGACAACCUCUUCUCCCCUUCCUUAUGGAAAAGCGUCUGUCAGCUUCCAGAUCCCCUUCAGACACCCAAUCCCAGACCCGCUACCCCUAAUAACAGUCCCAGUAUGCCCUCCCCAGCUCUCUCUGUUAGGUGCCUGUUAAUGCUCCAGUAUUGAUCUCCAUCUUUCAUUAGAUCUCCCCACGGUCCCCUCUUAUCCCAUCACCAGUUCCCAAGCCCCCUCUCCAACUCCCCCACCAGCUCUUUCUGGUACCCCCCUACUUCCAACUCCCAUGUCCUCCUCUCAGCCCCCAACUUUCUCAUACUCCUCUUCCUAGGCCCCCCAGUACGAAACCUUAGCUAGUCCUUCAAGUCGCCUCCCCAACACUGUCAUGACCCCCUCCUAGCUACCCAGCCAGCCCCCAGGUCCCCAGCUCCGCCCCAGGCCCCGCCCUUGCGAGUUCCUUGACUCAGGGCUGCUUCUGCGUGCGUCCCCAGCUCCCGCCCCGCAGCCCGGUGGUCCGUCCCGGGCCGGCGGCCCCCUACCAGCAUCCGCCGCCGGCCCCGCCCCCGGGCACCAUGCUGCCCUCGCAGGAGGCCUCCAAGCUCUACCAUGAGCACUACAUGCGGAACUCGCGGGCCAUCGGCGUGCUGUGGGCUAUCUUCACCAUCUGCUUCGCCAUCAUCAACGUGGUGGUCUUCAUCCAGCCCUACUGGGUAGGAGACAGCGUGAGCACCCCCAAGCCUGGCUACUUCGGCCUCUUCCACUACUGCGUGGGCAGCGGGUUAGCGGGCCGCGAGCUCACCUGCCGGGGCUCUUUCACCGACUUCAGCACCAUCCCGUCCAGCGCCUUCAAGGCGGCCGCCUUCUUCGUGUUGCUUUCCAUGGUGCUGAUUCUCGGCUGCAUCACCUGCUUCGCCCUUUUCUUCUUCUGCAACACCGCCACCGUCUACAAGAUCUGCGCCUGGAUGCAACUCUUGGCAGCUCUGUGCCUCGUGUUGGGCUGCAUGAUCUUCCCCGAUGGCUGGGACGCCGAGACCAUCCGGGACAUGUGCGGGGCCAAGACGGGGAAGUAUUCCCUGGGGGACUGUUCGGUGCGCUGGGCGUACAUUCUGGCCAUCAUCGGGAUCCUCAACGCGCUCAUCCUGUCCUUCCUCGCCUUCGUGCUGGGCAACCGGCAGACUGACCUGCUGCAGGAGGAGCUCAAACAGGAGAACAAAGAUUUUGUAGGCACUACAGUGAGUUCGGUGUUGCGGCCAGGAGGUGACGUCUCCGGAUGGGGAGUCCUGCCAUGCCCUGUUGCUCAUACACAGGGACCCUGAAAGCCAGGACUGUAGCCCAGGAGUUGGCCCGAUCUCGGCAUCUUUCGUCUGCUGCCCUCUCGUUCCUGCGGUCAAGCUCCAGACCCCAAUCUCUGACUGCAGACAACUCCAGCCUUUGAAGAGAGGCAGGGGUGGGGUGGCAGCCUGGCGGAAGGCAGGGGCCCUUGAUAUCCUGAAAGAGCCUGAUUCUGGUCCUGCCUCCAAAGGGAGCCUGGCUCUCCCUCUCUGGUCCUUCGGUUUCCUUCUCUCCUGUGUAGACUAGCUGGAGGUCCCUGAGGACCCCCGGGGAAGGAAGCGCUGCAGGACGGGCUCCUCAGACCCCUUCAGUCUGGAAGGCUGCCUGCUGCAUCCUUGCCUCCCCAGUCCUGGUCUCCUAAAGAGACUCCUUCAAGACACUGCCCCAGGAGGGCCAGACUUUUUCCUACUUUAUUUUUAUUUGCUGAUGAUGGUCCCACCACAUCUGCCACAAAGCUCCAGGUGCCACCAGCCCCACCCACGGGGCCUCUUCUGACUCCCUCAUUCAAGCCUGCACCCAGCUCUCAAAGGAAUCGAAGCCGUGCUGAGGGAGAAAAGAUAGGGUCUUCCUUCCCACUGCUGGUAAUCCCUCAUCACCUCAGAGUCUGAGGGGAGACACAGGCUCUGGAGGCUGUGGGAGGAGACAACUGGUCACCGUAGCUGGAGUUUGCCAGUUUCCCAGCCUGGGAAUGGCCUGACCUCUUCUCUACCAGAGUAGCUCAUCAGUGACUGAGCCCUUGACUCUGGCCUGUUUUGUACAGCAUAGACUUCUCGGGCCCAUUGUCAGGGUCGGUGGCUGUGGAGAGGGGCCCAGAGGUGGAGUUAGGGGCUCCUCUCUCCUUCUCUCGCUUCCUACACCUCGGACAUCUGCCAAAGGCAGGGACAGUCUUGCGUCUUUGAUACUUUUCUGCCUAACUUGAACUUGCAGGUCACCUCUGAACAGGGUACCCUUGUCCCCAUCCCAGGCCCUGUUACCCUGUCCCUGACUCUUUCUCCUACUUGCCCACUCUCGCCUUGCAAUAUGCCCAGGGUCUGCAACCUCAUGGGCAUUGCUUGGAACUGAGGUGUGUGUGUGUGUGUGUGUGUGUGUGUGUGUGUGUGUGAGUGUGUGUGCGCGUGUGUGAGU